GGUAGAGAAGAGGAGGGGCGAGGAGAUAGGCGCUCCCUUUGGGGGAGGGGCGCGUGUGGCUCGAGUGUGCGUGUGUGUCUGGGCACGGUGCGGCUGCGCUGGCGCUCGUUGCUUCUGUGUAUCUGCGAAUGUGUACCUGCUUGUCCCCUCGAGUCAGUGGUUGGUUCUGCGCCCGCUGGGUGACCAGGUACAUGGUGGGUGGGUCUGUGCCUUCGCCACUGUGGGCUGGUCUACAUUUGUGUUUCUGUGCAUGGUUCUUUUUGUUUCUGGAGAGUAAAUUCCUGGAGGAAUUGCUAGGCCUGCCUGCUCUCACCUGGCUGACACCGAGGCCCGCCCCCUUCUCUCAGCAGCCUGGGGCCCCGGCCCGGGCCACCAUGGCGCUGCCUCUAGGCCCAGCUACCCUCUCGCACACACUGCUGUUCCUGCCCGCCCUUCUGAGCUCAGGUUGGGGGGAGUUGGCGCCACAGAUAGAUGGUCAGACCUGGGCUGAGCUGGCACUUCGGGAGAAUGAGCGCCACGCCUUCACCUGCCGGGUGGCAGGGGGCCCUGGCACCCCCCGAUUGGCCUGGUACCUGGAUGGACAGCUGCAGGAGGCCAGCACCUCGAGACUGCUGAGCGUGGGUGGGGAGGCCUUCUCUGGGGGCACCAGCACCUUUACCAUCACUGCGCAGCGGGCCCAGCAUGAGCUCAACUGCUCCCUGCAGGACCCGGGCAGUGGCCAGUCAGCCAACGCCUCCGUCAUCCUCAAUGUGCAAUUUAAGCCGGAGAUUGCCCAGGUCGGGGCCAAGUACCAGGAAGCUCAGGGCCCAGGCCUCCUGGUUGUCCUGUUUGCCCUGGUGCGUGCCAACCCACCUGCCAAUGUCACUUGGAUCGACCAGGAUGGGCCAGUGACUGUCAACACCUCUGACUUCCUGGUGCUGGAUGCCCAGAACUACCCCUGGCUCACCAACCACACUGUGCAGCUACAGCUCCACAGCCUGGCACACAACCUCUCGGUGGUGGCCACCAAUGACGUGGGUGUCACCAGUGCCUCGCUGCCUGCCCCAGGGCUCCUGGCCACCCGGGUAGAAGUACCACUGCUGGGCAUUGUUGUAGCUGGAGGGCUUGCCUUGGGCACCCUUGUGGGGUUCAGCACCUUGGUGGCCUGCUUGGUCUGCAGGAAAGAGAAGACCACCAAAGGCCCCUCCCGGCGCCCAUCUCUGGUCUCUAGUGACUCCAACAACCUGAAACUCAACAACGUGCGCCUGCCACGGGAGAACAUGUCCCUCCCAUCCAACCUUCAGCUCAACGACCUCACUCCAGAUUCCAGAGCAGGGAAAUCAGCAGACCGGCAGAUACCUCGGAACAACAGCCGGCCAGAGCUCCUGGACCCAGAGCCCGGCGGCCUCCUCACCAGCCGAGGCUUCAUCCGCCUCCCAAUGCUGGGCUACAUCUAUCGAGUGUCCAGCGUGAGCAGUGAUGAGAUCUGGCUCUGAGCUGAGGGCGAGAGGGGGGCGCCCUCUCGGCCCCCAGAUACCCUCCAGCUCCUCCUCCAAGGCAUCCUCUGCCUAGCUGCCUUGCCAACGUGAAGAGGCCAUCCCACUGCCACUUUUGCUUGCCCUCCUGGCUGGGGUGUCCUCUGUGUCACACACAUGAUGUGUUUCUCUGGGAUCUGACCCGCAGGGGCACAGGUAUCCUUGACCAGGCUGCCAGCUGGCCCUGAGCCCCUCUUGCCAACCCAGGUUGGGGGCCUGCAUGUGAUGACUGGGCCCAGGCAGCUGGGGCUCUUUGGCCAGGUGUGUUCAGACGUCAUCCAGCAUCCAAGUGUGGCAUGGCCUGCUGAAUACGCCGCACCUGUGGUCCUUAGCACCUUGUACUGUAGGCAUGGGGGCAUGCGGGCUUGGGGCACAGGGAGGACCCUGCAUGGAUUUCCUGCCUAUGCUAUGUAGCUUUUUUCCCUCAGGGAGAAUUUAGGACCUUGCUGGCUGUAGAACUAAACUGCAGUUUGCACAGGAACCAACCCCUGGCCCAGGGGCACUGGCCAAGCACAAACUAGUCCCUUUUGCUGCGUACCUUUCUGCCCUCAUCUACCCCUCUGCCCUCACCUCUCGGACAUCCUAGGUUAUAUGUUGGACCUUCUUCACUGGGCACUGGACUUUUCUAUUGGCCUGGCCCCUGGCAGUGCCAGUGCCUGGUGUUAGCACAAACCAGGUAGGAAGAGGGAGAUGACAGACCUGGUGGCACCCAGGAUGGCGUGUAGCAAUGCGUCAUUUUCUUACAGUGUUAGCACUUUAAGCACAUCCCCUGGGGGAGGGGGUGAGUCAGGGGCCCAGAGCCCUUUUUGUGUUCCCCAAGUUUGGCCUUCAAUGAUUCACUGUGAGUGUCCGGAGCCCUUGGGCUUGGCGGUUUCGCUCUCAGCACAUCUCCUCCACCAUGGGGCCCCAGCACCAGGAAGCCACCGGUCCUGCGCCACUAGGAUGGUCACAGCAGGCACAUAAUUCGAUAAUGCCAGAAGCUUUAGGAGGACAUGUAGAAAGAGGGAGACCACGUACCCCAAAACGACCUAAGAAUGCUUUAAAAAGCAACACGGAAAUGAUUGAGGAUUAAUACAGUGCAGCGUACAUUUUUCCCUUGUUGAGAUCUUGUUUUUCAUGUU